CGGCCCCGCAACCAACAGACCCACGAACCAGUUGACCUUUGCAGUCAAUCUCGGACCGAGCAGCACGAUGACCGAACGCAAGCGCAAGGUGGACAUCGGCGACCUGGACGGCAAGAAGAAGAAGCGCAAGAGCAGAUUCUCGGACACUCCGCCUGCCGCUUCCUCUUCCGAUGCCGGCGUGAAUCCGUUGACGGGUGCUCCUUUCUCAGCGCGAUACCAGACGCUGCUGUCCCAGCGUCAGAAGCUGCCGGUUCACCAGUUCCUCGAACAGAUUCAGGAUGCUGUUAAAGCUCACCAGGUUAUUGUCGUGGAGGGCGAGACAGGUAGUGGCAAGACCACGCAGAUCCCGCAGUUCCUCACGCUUCUUAACGCCAACAGCGACAAGAUGGUGGCUUGCACGCAGCCGCGUCGAGUGGCCGCUAUGAGCAUCGCCAAGCGUGUGGCCGAGGAGAUGGACGUGCAGCUCGGACAGGAAGUAGGUUACACCAUCCGAUUCGAGGAUGUCACGAGCCAGCGCACCAAAUUACGGUUCCUCACGGACGGUAUGUUGCUGCAACACGCCAUGAGCGAUCCGCUGCUGUCCAACUACUCGACCAUCUUGCUGGAUGAGGCCCACGAACGCACACUGAGUACCGAUAUCCUGUUCGGUUUGCUCAAGGAGGUGCUUCCGAAGCGCCCAGACCUCAAGGUCGUCGUCAUGAGUGCUACACUCGAUGCUGUCAAGUUCCAGAAGUACUUCGAGGGCGCGCCACUCAUCGCAAUCCCUGGACGUACAUUCCCUGUGGAGAUUUUCUACACACCCGAGCCAGAGCGCGACUACCUGGAGGCUGCUGUGCGUACUGCCGUGCAGAUCCACAUCUGCGAGGAAGAAGGAGACGUGCUGCUCUUCCUUACUGGUCAGGAGGAGAUUGAAAAUGCGUGUCGUCAAAUCCGUGCUGAAGCUGACGCUUUGGACUCGUCCAAGUACGGCCCACUUGAUGUGUACCCACUGUACUCGUCGCUUACUCCGCAACAGCAGCAGCUUAUUUUCAAGGACGCCCCGAAGCCGCGCUUCCAGGGAGGCCCAAAGGGCCGCAAGAUUGUCGUGUCUACCAAUGUGGCAGAAACCUCGCUGACUAUCGACGGUAUUGUGUAUGUUAUUGACCCGGGUUUCUCCAAGCAGAAGGUCUACAACCCGCGUAUUCGUGUGGAGUCGCUGUUGGUGUCGCCUAUUUCACGAGCUUCAGCUAAGCAGCGUUCUGGCCGUGCUGGUCGUACACGACCGGGUAAAUGCUUCCGUCUCUACACUGAGCAGUCGUUCAUGCGCGACCUGGAAGAGCAGACAUAUCCGGAGAUUUUGUGCUCUGAGAUGAGUGGCGUCGUCCUCACCCUGAAGCAGUUAGGCAUUGACGACCUGGUGCACUUUGACUUCAUGGAUCCACCUGCUCCUGAGACCCUGAUGCGUGCUUUGGAGAUGCUGAACUACCUCGGUGCUUUAGACGACGAGGGCGAGCUCACGCAUCUCGGUCGUCAGAUGGCUAUGUUACCGGUACUCCCGCAAUUAGCCAAGAUGCUCAUCUCGUCCGCGAAGUAUCAGGUGCCGCAGGAAGUGGCUACUAUUGUGGCAAUGCUGUCCGUGCAGGAGCCGUUUGUUCGUCCUAAGAACGACGCCAAGGCUGCUAACGAGGCCAAGGCGAACUUCGCUCACGUGGAUGGCGACCACCUCACGCUGCUGAACGUGUUCCACGCGUACAAGCUGAACAACGGAGACGUCAACUGGUGCUUCCAGAACUACCUGAACAACCGGUCGUUGCAGAGCGCGUCAAACGUGCGUGACCAGCUGAUCCGCAACAUGAAGCGACUAGAGAUGCCGACACAGUCGACGCUGGACAUCCACUCGCCUCAGUAUUAUCCCAACAUCAUCAAGGCGCUGGUAUCCGGAUUCUUCAUGCAGGUGGCGCACAAGGCCGUUGGAGGACACUACGUGACGGUGAAGGACAACCAGGUCGUGCACCUGCACCCUUCGUGCGUGCUGGACAACAAACCGGACUGGGUUGUCUACAACGAGUUCGUGCUUACCAGCCGCAACUACAUCCGUCUCAACACUCGCAUUAUGGGCGAGUGGCUCGUAGACAUUGCUCCCCACUACUUCGACCUGGCAAACUUCCCUCCUGGUGAGGCCAAGCGUGAGCUCGAGACCCUGUACCGCCGCAUGAAUGCGCGCAACAACUCCAAGAAGCUUAGAUAAUUGCAUUAUACGAUAGAUGAACUGGUCUUCCCAUUACCACCUGAAAUUGUUUGGUUUCUAUCACCCUUUAUAGGGCCAAGUAAGCUGCUUUCUUUACCGAAUCGGACGUGG